AUGAAAUCAUUAGCAUUAAUUGCAAGCAUCAGCUUAGCAUUAUUUGGAUCUGUCAUUGCUCAAGAAGGAGCCACAGUCCCUGUUGGAUCUGGACAAUCUACCUCUGGUAGUUAUUCUUGCGAUCCUAAUACAUGUAAAAUUGCCAACAACUGUUUAUGUGCAUCUCAGUCUCCACCAGGCGGAUUAGACCCUAAAGAUACACCUCAAUUUGUUACUGUUACCUUUGACGACUCUAUUCAGCCUGCCUUAAUACAAACAGCCCUGUCAAUGGUGAAUGUUACUAACCCUAAUGGCUGCCCCGGUCACGGUACCUGGUUCGUUUCAAUGCAGUAUACAGAUUUCUCAUUGGUACAACAGUGGUAUGCAGCUGGCAACGAAAUUGCGGACCAUACCUUCACUCACGUAGGCACACCUUCUGCUCAAGAAAUUGCAGCCUGUAAAUCCAUGUUGAAUGCCUAUGGUGGCAUUCCCAACUCAAAGAUUCAAGGUUUCCGUGCACCCUUUUUGAACUACACCAAAGACACCUUAAACAUCCUCAGCCAACAAGGCUUCCUGUACGAUUCAAGUUCAAGCGCGGUUACUGAUGAUGCUUACUGGCCAUACACACUUGAUAAUGGUAUGGCUAAUGACUGCUGGACGGGUAUUUGUAAUGCUGGUCAAGUUAAGUUGCCAGGUCUUUGGGAAAUUCCAAUGUAUUCCGUUCUUGAUAACAAGUCUAUUCCUCAAUUAAUGGAUGUCUAUUUGUCUGGCAGUCCCGCUGAUGUUACUGCAUGGAGCAACGCUGCUUUUGAUAAACAUUACAAUGGAAACCGACAACCUUUUGGUAUCUACGUUCACCCAACCCAUUUGACCACUUACCCUGGUCUCCCUGAUCCCAAGGAUAUGUUCCAAGCCGUCCUCAGUUUCAUUCAAUCUAUUGCUUCCAAGCAAGAUGUCUGGUUCGUCACUAAUCAACAAUUAUUACAAUGGAUGAAGAACCCCGUCAAGGCAUCUGAAUUGGGCAAGCAGGAUUACAUGCAAUGUAAGCAACCUGUUAUUCCCAAAGAGAUCUGUAACGGCUUGGACGAUGACCACAAUGGUGUCGUUGAUGAUAACUUGAUCAACAGCUGUAAUUUUGGCCAAAGUAGUACCAAGACUUGUUUCAACUGUCCUGGAUCAGCUCCCACUUUAGACAACCCCACACCCGCUUCUACUGCUCAAAAUGGAACCGCAGGCUUCCGUUACCCCAUUCCCGAUAACUGCGAUACUACUUGGUGGGAUCCUAUCGGUAACACUUGUCUCUGUACAUCUGCUGAAUGUCAGCUCAAGAGCAUCGCUGUCUCUAGACCCAACAAUACAUCCUCAUCUUCAAGCUCCAGUUCCAGCAACUCUGCCUCAUCAUCUAAUUCAUCCAACAAGUCAAGUGAUGCAUCUAGCCUAUCAGCCUCUAUUAUACCUGCAGUGCUUAUGGCUGGUUUAAUUAGUCAAUUACUAUUCUAA